AUGAAGGGAAGCAGCAUAGCUUUUCAGCAGUACUUCCUUCCUUCCUCUCUGCUCACGCAUUCGUUCGGCGAGCGACGGCCAGUGGCUGCGGAGACCGGCGGCAGCAACGACGCCGGGUCGGCCCGGCGCCGGCUGGGCAGGAAGGGCUUCGUCCACUUCGCAGGGCGCGCGUCCGUCGAUGGCAUUGCUGGGGUCAGGACGACCUGGAGCGACGGCUCGUCAGAUGAUCCUUCGAGCACCAAGGCUGGCGACGAAGAGGACCAGGUGGGUGAUGAAGAUGAUGAUGCCGCCGAUGGUGACGUUGACGACGCGGACGACGGCCUUGCCGUUGCCGCCGAUGAAGAGGACGAUGGCAUAGAUUUCCAGUCACAAGACGGCAGCCGUGAGGACGAUCCCAACGACGUGCAUGGAGGAAGUCAGAAUGGACUGAACAUAAGCGUUGUUGCUACGGUGAACGGCACCGGCACUGUGCAAGAUGGUGCUGCCGUUCUAGUGCGCAAUGCGACUGGCGGUGAAGCAGAUGGCAAUGGCACUGUUCCUACCCUGAGUGGCUCUGGUUCUGCCCUGAACAACGUUUCAUCUGUUGAUCUGGAGUCGUUGCGUGACAGAGGAACAGCUGGUGAUGUUGCGAACAAGUUGCUUGCCAACCAGAACGGGACGGAUAACUCUGGACGUGGCAUCUCGAGUUGA